AGCUCUAGCGAAAAUGAUAAAAAGUUUUACGGAAAAAUUAUUCCUAUAAAUACUGCAUGGCACGUUCGUUAGGGCAGUUUCAACUUCAAACGCAAUCUAAGCUAAUAUGAAGGUGAUCGUUUUAGUUUUGGCAACAGUUGCUCUUUGUGGAGCUGCCCCCCGGCAGGAAGGUCCAGGAUGCCGUGCUCCAAAUGGUGGCGGUCUUGUACCGGUUCUUGAUGAAUUCCUCGCUUUAGUGCCAGUUGAAGAAAUCUUGGAAAUAGCUUUGACCGCUAUCACGUCCGACCCAGAAGUCCAAACGGUCAUGGAAUACCUUUCUUCCUCUGAAUUCUACGGAAUAGUUCAAUCCGUUCGGUUUGCUCCCGAGUUUGACGGCUUAGUCAAAUUCGCUUGUCAAGAGUUGUACUUCGAUGCUAUCUACUAUAUCAACAUCGCUAACGGCAUUCUCGGAUUCCCAGAAAUAACAAAGAAAAGUGCUCCCCGCGCUGGUGGAUUUAAUGCCAUGCUGCAGGAAAUUUUGGCCCUUAUCCCACUUGAUACUUUGAAAUCUCUUCUUGAGGAGAAGUUAGCCAGUGACUACUAUGUUCAACUGGCCUUCCAAAAGAUUAAUUCUGAUGAAUUCGGCGCCAUCAUUGAAGGUCUUCAAGCCAAUGUUGCCUACGUCGACAUGAAGGAUCGUCUGCGUGGCUUGGGGGUUGAUAUUGACGGCAUUAUCGAGACUAUCGGUAAAAUCUUCAAACCUUAGAUGCAGUAAUAUCUACAGUAGAUGAUUUUUGAAAGAGGUUCAAAUAAAGAUAAUUUUCAUUAAAA